UGUGAAUGUGCUGGGCCCCUCUCUCUCGCUCUCCCACUCUCUCACUCUCUCAGCGCAGUGGGGCUGCAGCCAGAGAGACAGGCCCAGGGUGGCGGGGGGGACACAGCACAGCCCGGAGACCACCAGCGCGGCGCUGGCCUGGGGAGUUCGCAGAUCUCGAGGAAAGGGAGAAAAGCAGGGGGGGGCGUGGGAGACGUUCUCCGCAACGGAGGCAUCAGAGAAAAGGAGGGUCUGGGGGCCAGGCGAUUAGGGUCACUUGAUGUAGCGCCCUGUGAGGAGCUGGUCCCCGAUUAUUGCAAGCGAGACCCAGAGAGGCCUUGUCAACACCCGGGAGCGCCGCAGUGGGGAAUGCUGGGAGUGUUGUCCUCUGAUGGCAGCUGGGGGGACCCAGGGACAGAGCGUCGUGGGGAACGAGUCCCUGCACCCCUCGCUGUGGUCUCAGACCAUGAACUACGUGGGCCAGCUGGCGGAGACGGUGUUCGUGACCGUGAAGGAGCUGUACCGGGGGCUCAACCCCGCCACGCUGACCGGCGGCAUCGACGUCCUCGUUGUGCGGCAGCCCGACGGCUCCCUGCAGUGCUCGCCGUUCCACGUGCGCUUCGGCAAGCUGGGGGUGCUGCGCUCGCGCGAGAAGGUGGUGGACAUCGAGAUCAAUGGGGAGCCGGUGGAGCUGCACAUGAAGCUGGGCGACAACGGGGAGGCCUUCUUUGUGGAGGAGAGCGAGGACCUGCAGGACAGGGUCCCAGCGCACCUUUGCACAUCCCCCAUCCCCCUGGAGAGCGCCGAGGACUGCGAGGCCCCAGGGACGCCUCUCAGCGGCGCCUCCCGCAGGAAGAAGCGGCGACGCAAGCGCACGCGUUCGGACGCCCCCUGGCGGGAAGAGGGGAGCUCCUCCUCCGAUGAGCGGGACGUCCCGGAGAGCGAGGGAUCUGGGCCAGAGCUGCCCGCACACCUAGCAGCCAGCAGUUCUGUCUACUAUUCCUUUUCGGAGGACCCGGCGCUAGAAACAGGCAACACGCUGUCCCGAGACGUCCAUCCCUAUUCCGAUGGAGAGUGGUCGCUCUCCGAGAGCGUGUUCCAGAGCCGACCCUCAUCCCCCAAAAGUGAUUCAGAGCUGCUGGUCCGCCCACAGGAGUCUAUGGGGCCCCAGAUGCAGUGGGCCUGGGGCCGCUUCCCGAAGGUCAAACAGAGUGAAAGACCUAAGUCAGAGGCCCAGGUAGGAGAGCAGUUCUCUCCGACCAUCCAGCCCUCGGUGAGCACUCACUUCCGGGCCAUCCAGCGACAGGACUCCUUCGAGAUGGAUGUGCCACCCGGGGAGAGCUUGGAACAAGAUGGCAGUGUGACGGUCCUGAGGCCCGAACCCAGACUGAGACCUCCAGGGCUUCAGAUCCCAGAGGAGAGGCCACAUCACGAGCACCCAGAGCCCACUCACACCACAUGUUCUGCCCUGGGAGAAAACACAGACCUCCAACAAGCACCAGGCAUCCUGGAGUUGGACAACGCAGGCCCGCCACUUCCAGAGACACUACAUGCCGAGGGGAUCAGUACCCCAAGGCCUGCCCAAGAAAGCAGAUCUGAAACAGCAGAGCCCUCAGCAGAGACCUUGGCAGUGCAGGAUACGACUGUGUGCCCCCAGAGCAGUCAAGCCACGGAGAACGUCGGGGUCACAGAGAGCUGUGAGCCAGGGGAGAGUUCAACGGGAGAAGCUGGCCUCACUUCUUCGGAGACCGCCAUGAAACCUGAAUCCCAGGAGAAAAAGAAAGGUAAACGCAGCCAGCACCUGGGCCCUGCAGACAUCUACCUGGAUGACCUGACCAGCCUGAACCCGGAGGUGGCAGCCCUGUACUUCCCCAAGAGUGACAGUGAGAUGGGCGUGCGGGGGGGGGCGGACCGAGGAUCGCUGUCCGGUACCCAGUCGCCGCAGUCGGUGGGCAGCGGGGCUAUGGACAGCGGCACCGAGUACCUGUCCGACUCCACGAGCGACAUGCCUGAGGUCACCAUGUCGCUCUGUGGCAGGGUGGUUGAUACCAGCCUCAUCAACAAAGAGAAAUUUAUGGAGCACCUGGUCAGCUUCCAGGACUUUGUACAGAACCCUGGAAUCAUUGAGGACCCCAAUCUUGUCAUCUGCAUCAACUCGAAGUAUUAUAACUGGGCUGUUGCUGCACCAAUGAUUCUGUCAAUGCAGGCUUUCCAGAAGACCCUGCCAAAGAGUGCUGUGGACAAGCUAGUGAAGAACAAGAUGCCAAAGAAGUCUGGAAGGUGGUGGUUUUCCUGGCGUCGGAGAGAUCUGGACACUAAACAGCCCGAGUCGAAGGAAGGCAAGACCGGAGAGCAGAUGGGGACGGCCACGGCUGAUGGGGGCGUCUCCUCCUCUCAGGCUAAGCAGGACGGCUCGUCCAGCGAGGACGACUUGGGAUCAGCCAGGGAACUGCGGCCGGGACAGCCCAUGAGCACAUCACAUUGCAUCAGCCAGAUGUACCGCAAGUCCCUGCGUCUCACCUCGGAGCAGAUCGCGCGCCUGAACCUGCGAGAGGGGGCGAACGAGAUUGUGUUCAGCGUGACCACUCAGUACCAGGGCACCUGUCGGUGUGAGGCCGCCAUCUACCUCUGGAACUGGGAUGACAAAAUCAUCAUCUCCGACAUCGAUGGCACCAUCACCAAAUCCGAUGCCCUGGGCCACAUCCUUCCUCAGCUGGGAAAAGACUGGACUCACCGAGGCGUUGCCAAGCUGUUCCACAAAAUCCACCAGAAUGGCUACAAGUUCCUGUACUGCUCAGCACGAGCUAUUGGCAUGGCUGACAUCACCAAGGGCUACCUGCAGUGGGUGAACGACAGGGGUGCCGUCCUGCCCAAAGGCCCCGUGCUGCUGGCUCCAAGCAGCCUGUUCUCCGCCCUGCACAGGGAGGUGAUAGAAAAGAAGCCAGAAGUCUUUAAAAUCGCCUGUCUGACGGACAUCAAGAACCUCUUCAGCCCACAGAAGCAGCCCUUCUAUGCAGCCUUUGGCAACAGGCCCAAUGAUGUUUACGCCUACAAGCAGGUAGGAGUUUCAGAGUCGAGGAUCUUCACUGUCAAUCCCAAGGGAGAGCUGAUCCAAGAGCAAACCAAGGGCAACAAGUCAUCGUACUCUCGUCUGAGUGAGCUCGUGGAGCAUGUUUUCCCCGUGCUCAUUAAGGGCAGGAGCUCAUCCUUCGACUGCCCAGACUUCAGCCAGUUUUCCUACUGGAGAGAGCCUCUGCCAGCCCUCGACCUCCGCGACCUUCAGUAGUCUUCUGUCUGUGCCACCCCUCCUGUAGUCCUGUGCGGCCACGGGCUGUCCCCCCAGUCUCCGUUCCCCUGCUGCAGGUCUCCAGGGGUCACUGUCCUGAGGAAUCUCAGUGAGGCCUCAUAAGUUGUUGUUUUUUUCCCAGCAUGCUGCUUGCAGCUCUUCUGUCCGCGACAGCCCAGAAAGCCCACAGAAAAACAGACAAAGGCUCUGAACUGGAUCCAGGUCCUCAGAGAGGUGGAACUUUUUGGCCGCAACAGGGCAGAUAUGUCGGUUUGGCCCGAGAGCAAUCUCCUGCCUCUCUCCUUCAGUCUGUACUGCCCAGCCCACCAGGGACAGUGGUGUGUUGACCUUCCUGUGUCUUAUCUCCUGCAGUAGACAGGCAAGAGUUGUUUUUUUGCUGUUGACAAUCCCAGGUUUUCAGGUUUGUUUUACAGAUAGCACCUUUUUUUUACUGAAACUGAAUUGUUUUGGGAUGUAUAAAAGGUUGUUGUUUCGUAUCAGUAGCCUCUACAGAAGCAGAAAGUAGGUGCAAAAAAUCCUUGGUAUAAUACUUUUAUACCAUCUGUCGGGAUUAUUUUUAAAGUGUAUUAAGUGAUUCCCCCCCCUCAUAGUUCACAAAACUGUCUUUGAGUCAGUACACGAGUGUAGUCCCAGUCUUUGUUCUACGUUCUGCUCAAACGAAGAAUAAUUGAUGAAUGAGAUUCCAGUCUCAUGAAUUGAAAUGAAUGAGUGAAACUUUUUCUUGGAAAUGCUAUAAAAUAAUAUAAAUGCUAUAAAACAUCUUGCUAAAAAUCUAAAGAAAAUGGCUACACAAAGAAACUGGGCCAAACAGAACAACUGGUCUGAGCCUUUCUUCCCCAAUACUGGCACAGAACAUAAAUGGAUGUACGCUCUCUGGCGCUGCUACAAUAAACUACUAUUCCUGAGAAAUAAAUACGCACAAUGUUCCAUAAUUGCUGCCCUUUUGUUCAGUUGAAAGUAUGUUGAUGUCUAAUCCUGAAGCAGACUUGUUGCACAGGUCUGAAGAUAACAAUUUGGUUUGAGGUAAACCGAGACGGAAAGUUUCGUGGAUCGACUCUGAAGUCUGGUUUCUUUAUGAAAGGUGAAUCGUUUUUCCUGCGCAACUGCCAUGCUACCUGCUACACUCGUAGAGUACGUCCGCAGGGUCCAGCAAGUGGAUUCAAUGUGCAGAAUUGACGAGAUAAAAUGACUAAAUUUGGUUAAAUUGGCAGCAAAGACUGGAGCUGUAGUGAAAACAUCUCUUGUCUGAAGACCUUCACCUGUGCCGUUUUGUAAAGCCAAAGCAUAAGCUUGACUAAACUGCAGGGAUCGAAGUGGAGAUGUGAGGCUGUCGAUAAAAGUACCUAGUGAUGCCGACACUGGUGUGCGCAUCAAACCAGCCCCCAAAUCCACAUCGGAUACUCUCAGGGACACAUCCCAGGGAGCCGGAGCAAGAGCCAGCUCUGUGCGGGACUGCUGUGUUUCCAGCCUGCUUUACUGUACGAGCUCAAGACCAUGAGUUCAUGAGACUAUCGGAAUAAAGGGCUUUAUUUCAAACGCAGCUGUAUUGCAUUGGUGUGUAAAGCGGAGGACUCUUCUUCUUGUGUGAGACGAUGUCAGAAGAGUUUGCAAAACAAGGAAAGCCUUUCAAACGUGUUCCCAUCCCGAGAUUGUCAUUUUAAGAACUAUCGAAAUUGCGUGCAGUGGGUUUCAGCAAGUGUGAUCUCUCCCUGUUGUGUUGUGGGGGGCUGCCUUCCUCCUUAGAGGAGAAAUACUGAAAGUGGAAAUAUCUGAUGCACUGGGAAGCUGAAUCCAGGAUUUCUCUGGCAAGAAAAGACACAAGUAUUGACCCCCUUUACACUUUGAGAACAAGGAAGAGUUCAUUGACCAAUAACUGUAGUUCAACAAACAUGAUCGUGGACUGAGUGGAUUCCACUAUUUGUGCAGCCACUGCUGUUGUCAGGCUGACUUCUUUGUUGUCAUUCAGACGGGAAGGACUGUCCAGGUACUGAACAUUUCUUUUUCUUGUAACUGCGGAAAAUGUAGAUUCAAGAGUGAUUUCUUUGCGCAGGGUUGCACAUUUAAGUCUAUGAAUACAAUUUUGACACUAACAGAGAAAAGUUGUUCAGUCCGGUGAACUGGCUCUGGGUAAACGGUUUUCAAUGUUUACUAAAAUUUCAUAUGCAAAAAAAA